AUGAUUUUUAAGAAUCUAAUUUUUUGUAUAAAAAAAUUAUCUUUAAAGCAAACAUUUCAAAGUUAAGUUAAAGGUAAUAACUAUUUAACAAUUUUUGUUGAUUGGUCCAUCAUUUCUGAUUUAUUAAUUUAUAUGAUGUGUAAAUUAAUUUCAGAGUGA